AUGACUAUGAAAAAGAAACCUAAAUUGAAUUUCAUCGAAAACUCUGUACUCAGUGGUGUUGCUGCUGUUAUUUCAAGAUCAGCAGUUAGUCCUCUUGACAAUGUAAAAAUUCUUAUUACUUUUCAAAGUGAAAUGCUUAAACAAGGUAUAAUUACCAAACCAUACAACGGUGUUAUUGAUUGUAUCGUUCAAACUUUUAAACGUGCAGGUCCGUUUCCAUUAUGGCGAGGAAAUGUAUCCAGUUGUAUUCGAUAUGUUCCAAUUCAAUCUUCGAACUUUGCUUUUAAAAAUCAAAUCGAAGCAGCAUUCAAACAAAAUAUAAAUGAUUCUUAUAUGAUUAAUUUUGCUAAAAAUGUAGCAAGUGGUGGUGCAGCCGGUGCAAUAUCAAUUUUUUGUGUUUAUUCACUCAAUAACGCUCGUAUACGUUUGGCUAACGAUGUAAGAAGUAGAACGCGAGCUGGUGGUGGACAUCAAUACAAAGAUCUUGUUGAUGUCUACAAAAAAACUUUGGCCACCGAAGGUAUUGCUGGUCUCUAUCGUGGUUUUGUUAUUUCAUGCGUCCAUGCCGUCAUCUAUCGUGGUUGUUACUUCGGUUUCUAUGAUACAUUAAAACCAAUUUUACUCGGUCCCGAUGCUGGUAUCAUGCUUUCAUUUUUACUCGGUUAUGGUGUAACAGUCACAUCUGGUUUUAUCUCAUAUCCCGUUGAUACAAUUCGACGACGUAUGAUGAUGACAUCAGGUCACGCUGUUAAAUAUAAAGGAUCUAUGGAUUGUAUGUUCCAAAUUAUCCGUAGUGAAGGUGUGAUUUCAUUAUUCAAAGGAGCUCACAUCAAUAUUCUCGGAAGUAUUGCUGGUGCUGGUUGCUUAUCCGGUUUCGAUAAACUAGUACAACUUUAUACUCGCAUCAAAUUUGAUACUAGUGAUGGAUAA